GACUGACUCCCACACCUCUUCCAGUCUCCAACCCCUGCCCUUCAGUGGUACAGAUGGCGCUCUCCCAGUACAUCUCCUUAGCCCCAGAGCUGCUACUGGCCACUGCCAUCUUCUGUUUAGUCUUCUGGAUGGUCAGAGCCACAAGGACCCAGGUUCCCAAAGGUCUGAAGAGUCCACCCGGACCCUGGGGCUUGCCCUUCAUUGGGCACAUGCUAACCCUGGGGAAGAACCCACACCUGUCACUGACAAAACUGAGCCAGCAGUAUGGGGACGUCCUGCAGAUCCGCAUUGGCUCCACACCUGUGGUGGUGCUGAGUGGCCUGAACACCAUCAAGCAGGCCCUGGUGAGGCAGGGAGAUGACUUCAAGGGCCGGCCAGACCUCUACAGCUUCACACUUAUCACUAACGGCAAGAGCAUGACUUUCAACCCAGACUCUGGACCGGUGUGGGCUGCCCGCCGGCGCCUGGCCCAGGAUGCCCUGAAGAGCUUCUCCAUAGCCUCUGACCCAACAUCAGCAUCCUCUUGCUACUUGGAGGAGCAUGUGAGCAGGGAGGCUAACUAUCUAAUUGGCAAGUUCCAGAAGCAGAUGGCAGAGGUGGGCCACUUCGAACCUGUCAACCAGGUGGUGGAAUCGGUGGCUAAUGUCAUUGGUGCCAUGUGCUUCGGGAAGAACUUCCCCCGGAAGAGCGAGGAGAUGCUGAACAUUGUGAAGAGCAGCAAGGACUUUGUGGAGAACGUCACCUCAGGGAAUGCUGUGGACUUCUUCCCAGUCCUGCGCUACCUGCCCAACCCGGACCUCAAGAGGUUUAAGGCCUUCAAUGAUAACUUUGUGCUAUUUCUGCAGAAAACCGUCCAGGAGCACUAUCAAGACUUCAACAAGAACAGUAUCCAGGACAUCACAGGUGCCCUGUUCAAACACAGUGAGAACAACAAAGACAACGGUGGUCUCAUCCCUCAGGAGAAGAUUGUCAACAUUGUCAAUGACAUCUUUGGAGCUGGAUUUGACACAGUCACCACAGCCAUCACCUGGAGCCUUUUGAUACUUGUGACACAGCCCAAGGUGCAGAAGAAGAUCCAUGAGGAGUUGGACACAGUGAUUGGCAGGGAUCGUCAACCACGGCUUUCUGACAGACCCCAGCUGCCAUAUCUGGAGGCCUUCAUCCUAGAGAUCUACCGAUACACAUCCUUUGUCCCCUUAACCAUACCCCACAGCACAACGAGGGACACCUCACUGAAUGGCUUCCACAUUCCCAAGGAGCGCUGUAUCUUCAUAAACCAGUGGCAGGUCAACCAUGAUGAGAAGCAGUGGAAGGACCCCUUUGUGUUCCGCCCAGAGAGGUUUCUUACCAAUAACAACUCAGCCAUCGACAAGACCCAGAGUGAGAAGGUGAUGCUCUUUGGCUUGGGGAAGCGCCGGUGCAUCGGGGAGAUCCCGGCCAAGUGGGAAGUCUUCCUCUUCUUAGCCAUCCUGCUGCAGCAGCUGGAGUUCAGUGUGCCACCGGGCGUGAAGGUGGACCUGACACCCUCCUAUGGGCUGACUAUGAAGCCCAGGACCUGUGAACACAUCCAGGCAUGGCCACGCUUUUCCAAGUGAAGAUGGCCGAGGCAUCGGUUUCUUUUCCUUUCUUUUGUAAAUAACAGCUUUUCUGAGGUAUAAUUCCAUUUAAUUCAUCUCCAAUCAAUUUUAUAAUAUCGUCUAUUAUGUUUGCCCCAAACCCAUAACCAUUAAGAUUUAUGACUUAAGAUUCCUCCUACCCUGUCUUGCUUGCCGCACCACAUACUAAUCUAGUUUUUGACUCAAUAAAUUUGCCUACUCCUGGCUGUUUCAUAUAAAUCCAAUGACUUAUG